UCUGCAAAUCUUCCUUAUCUGCAUCCUUCGUCUCCUUCUGGAUUGUGCGAGCAGUCAUUGAGUCCACGAGCUGAUCAUUCUAUCCCUUCGGCCUCCGCUUCAACAAGCCUUUCGUACCAGCCAUUCUGGCAGUCAUUCACUCCACAUCCUGCCUCCAUGGGAAUUAAUGACGAGCACCAAAGCACUCUUUCCAGCUUUCCUCAGCAUGAGAACCCCGAAAACCUUCUUUCAGCGGCUUUAAUAUCAUCUGCAAAAAGUCAUGCUCCCUAUUACUUCAUGCAAUGGACCAAAAUUGUCUUUGUCCUUAACUCAAUUUUGCUUUCCCAAACCCAGCUACAUACUUUGAGUCAGCAUGCCGUCUCUCAUCCCUUCCACCAGCCCUUUAGACUCGGUACUUCCACCCUUUCUGGAUCGCCACGUCCGAAGGGAUCAUAUUUUGCAUCCGCCUCUAUCAUCUCCCAUACGUCUGGCCAAAAGGUGUGCGUUGUCUUCUUUUUUGUCGCUCUGAUCUGUCUGAAAGCUCGAUUGGAACCUCCCCCAACAGCAUGA